AUGAAGCCUUCGGUUGCUGUUGGUCUCCUAUUAUCAGCCGCCCAUGUCGGCUUUGGCUUUCCUCACAAGGCUCAUCUGCCCAGUCUUUACGUGGAUAUAGCACCGCAGUCCCCCCGUCCAUAUGUCAUUGCUAAAGACGGUGGCGAGGCAGUUCGCGUUGGUAGUGAAGUCGACCGGUUUCUCGUGACGGGUAACUCUUCUGGUGGCGCUUUCUCGUUCAUCCCCGCAAACGGUCCCUACAACACAGCCCUCAAUGUUGUGCCACAUAUGCAUAAGAAGCAUUAUGAAAGCUUCUACUGCUCCAAGGGCCGUGCUCUGAUCUGGGCCAAGUCCAAUACCACCGAAUCCAGCAACCUGGAUGAGGAGGGUCGCCUGUUCGCCCAGGGCGACUAUGCCGCCGUACCUCCCAACACCGUUCACGCCUUCGAGUUUGUCGAUCCCGAUACGGAAUGGCUGGUAGUUUUCGUCCCAGGUGGCACCCUCGAGGAUCUCCUUGCCACCAUCAAAGAUGGCGUCUACCCCUCGCCGAUUGGCUCCGAGUAUAACCCAGAUCCAGCGAUUGUGAACAAGACCGGAGGAAAUCCUGCUGUCCUUGAGUCCUUGCUUAACGCACCAGAAACCUUUGACAACUACCCCCAACUAGACUUCACCCCCAGGCGCGACUUUGUUGAUGGGAUUGCGGGAUCUGGCAAUUGGCACAACGGCAGCAAUACUCUUGCAGAAAACUCAAAGACGCCCAACUUCAUUGCCAACAAUUUUGGCCCCAAGUUCCUCAACGAGGAGGACGGAGUCUUCAAAAUCAUCACCCCUCUUGUAACCGGCAAUCAAACGGACGACCAAUUUACCAUGGGGACCAUAACUUUGAGCAAGCUACUUCCAAACCAAACUGCCACGGAAGCCACAGCAAAGUACGCUACCGGCCUGCAUCUCCAAGAGGGAGAGCUCACUGUUGAGGUUGACCAAUAUGAGACAGCCCAACUCAUAGACGGCGACCUCAUUUUUCUACCGCAAGGAACAACAUUCCGGUUUUUUGCUUCCGCCCCCGAGACAAAAUUUCUGUAUGUUAUUGGGGGACCCGAUGGAUUGGAUUACGAGCUGCUUCAAAACAGCAAACCGUGGGAGUUUGCGAGCUAUCCUCAGUAUCCCAGUGAUGACUAA